AAAGUUCAAACAGACACACUCCCUCAUGCUCGGCACGGCGAGUGCUCAGAGAUUAGGGGGUUUGUCUGCACCGCCGGCAAAAGAAGGAUAGCUCACAACUUGCCAAGUAGCCGAGAAGGGAGAAUGUAUCAGUUUUUCAUUUGGUGCAGGUUUCACAGGUAUGACAAACAUGAGUUGGUUUGCUCCAAAGCAAACACCGGCAAGGCUGUUGUUUCAACUGUUCUCACGGGACAGGUAGCGGGGACUGAGGGGAGAAGGAGAAGCCUGCAAACGCCAUCCAGAUGCUCUUGCCGGGCUGCUGAGUAGAAGACUAAGGGGGAGGUUAUGGAGGUGGCACCGAGGCUUUGCUCAGGCUUGUUUGAAGUUGUUUUCUACGUGUCAAAGGUGAAGGAUUAUGCCUGAAGUUGGAAUGCAGCCUGGUCAAGAACUCAGAGACCAGCAAUAAACAGCACUGGUCAAAGAGUGGGUGUGUUAGCGUGCGUGUGUGUGUUGAAUGAGCGUACGGUGUCAUGCUACUACUGAGCAGCCACACAGAGGAUGCUAUCCCCCGGGGAGCGGCUGUGGGCCAGCAGCAGGGGAAGACGGUGCACCACGUCUCCGUCAUCCUGAAUGGGGGCCCUGGGGAUGAGCUUGGGCCCGGGCCAGAGACGGAGCAGGGGCUGGGUCAGGUUGAUGGCCGUCAGCCAGGAGAGAGCAGCCGGGCUGGUGCCCAGGCCCAGGGUGCGGAGAGCAGCCUGGGGCUGAGCAGGGCAAGGCGGGAGUUCGGCAGGUGGCCCUCCCUGAGCCGCACAGGGAGAGCCAUGAGGAGGAGGGAGGAGGUCGUAAUGGAGGAGGAGGAGGAGGAGGAGGAGGUGGAGGUGGAGAAGGUGGAAGGAGAAAGAAUCAAGACGGACCGGUUUCUCCAACAGCCUUCAGCUACCUCAGCUCAGCCAGUCGAGAACACGGUGCAGGCUAGAACAGAGGCAGCCACAGCAGCUCCGGAGAACCAGACCCAGGUGCCUACAGAGACUUCUUCUCCCCAGACUGCAAGCCCUCUCAUUGGGGAGGAUGGCUGGGCGUCGGGCCACGGUUCUCUGGCGCGGGUCGUACUGCGCAGGCCACCCCAGGAGGCAGGCCCACUUAGCCGGAGAACGGUGAGCAUGUAUGGAGCUCCAGACAGGCAAAAACGUAGCUCAAUAAGUGAUCAGGAACGACCGCUGAGAAGACCCAGGAGUGUGUGCAUGCUUACAGGCCCCAACACAGCCUUGACAGAGUCCGGGCCCCAUCAGGCCUCCAGCGGGGCUGGGUGUCUGGAUCCCACUCAGCAGAACAGAACCAGGAGGGCUGAGCUCCGAGCAGUCGACGGCCUCAGGUCCGUCGUGUCCCAGCGGCCCGCCGUCCCCGAGCAGGCAGGGGCACCAGGGCUCCGCCAGAGGGGCAGUAGACCCAGGCCCGUCAGCAUGACAGUGCUGGAGCUGGGAAAGAGGGGCCUUCACGAUGAGCUGGACAGCCGGCCGGGGGGCGAAGGGGCAGGCCUGUUCAAAGGUGCCUUCCGCUGGCGGCUGUUUGGCAGAGCUCCCCAGGACAAGGAGAGGGAGAAGGACAGGGGCGAUGGAAGGGACAGGGAGGCCGCCAAGCCCCCCAGCAACCCGGGGGCCCCCAAGAGGACCCUGAGCUCGCUACGGCGGAGCCUCAGCCUGCGUAUCAGGAGGAGCCGUCCAGUCACCAGGCCGGAGGGGCCGGAGGGGGGAGCAGAGGGACGCUCCAGGACUCACAGUAUUGGGGAGCAGACGGCUCUGCGACCCUUCUCCUACCUGACCGGGAGGACCUUGGGGGAAGGGGAGGAGGAGGGUGGCGCGGGGACGCAGUACAUUGAGUACCAGAGCAGAGGGAAGGUCAAGGUGAUGGAGGUGCCCCUCUACCCAGCCAAACUGUCGGCGAAACCAAGCCAGGAGGAGCCCAGCAUGUGGCAGCUCAUAGCCAAGCGCUUCAGGAGAAAGGAGCAGCCACCCAAUGGCACAUGUGAGCCUGUCCAGCCCCAGAGCAAAGAAACUGGCAAACAUCCACCGGCAAGGAAUAUAAAGCCCCAGCCGGUUGCUAUAGAGACAGUGGCAGGCAUUGACUUCAACAAAGGUCAAGAUUCCUUCGUCAACAGCCAGGAAUGGACAUUGAGCCGGUCAGUGCCAGAGCUCAAAGUGGGCAUCGUGGGAAACCUGUCCAGUGGGAAGUCGGCCUUGGUCCACCGGUACCUGACAGGAACAUAUGUGCAAGAGGAAUCCCCUGAAGGCGGACGUUUCAAGAAGGAGAUAGUGGUGGACGGACAGAGCUACCUUCUCCUGAUCAGAGAUGAGGGUGGACCCCCGGAGCUACAGUUUGCAGCCUGGGUGGAUGCCGUCGUGUUUGUCUUCAGCCUGGAGGAUGAGAUCAGCUUCCAGACAGUGUACAACUACUUCCUGCGUCUGUCCAGUUACAGGAACACAGCGGAGGUCCCCAUGGUCCUGGUGGGGACGCAAGAUGCCAUCAGUGCUGCCAACCCCAGAGUAAUCGACGACUCGCGGGCCAGGAAGCUGUCCAACGACCUGAAGCGCUCCACCUACUAUGAGACCUGCUCCACCUAUGGGCUGAACGUGGAGAGAGUCUUCCAGGACGUGGCCCAGAAGGUGGUGGCCCUGAGGAAAAAACAACAGCUGUCUAUUGGUCCGUGCAAGUCCCUGCCCAACUCUCCCAGCCACUCAUCGGUCCCUUCUGCUUCCAUCCCCUCAGUGCACAUCAACCAGGCGGCUAACGGCGGGGGCGUGUUUAACGACUACUCCUCGUCCGUGCCCUCCACUCCCAGCAUCAGCCAGCGGGAGAUGCGCAUCGAGACCAUCGCAGCCUCCAACACGCCCACGCCCAUCCGCAAGCAGUCCAAGAGGCGCUCCAACAUCUUCACAUCGCGGAAAGCCAGUGAUCAAGGCAAGAGCACUGACAGUAAAACUGACAACAUAGGCAGUGGAAGAGCUAUACCAAUCAAACAGGGCAUCCUGCUGAAGCGGAGUGGGAAGUCCCUGAACAAGGAGUGGAAGAAGAAAUAUGUCACCCUGUGUGACAACGGCCUCCUGACCUACCACCCCAGUCUACAUGACUACAUGCAGAACAUACACGGGAAGGAGAUCGACCUGCUGAGGACCACGGUGAAGGUUCCAGGGAAGCGGCCACCCAGGGCGGUGGCCACCGUGGCCCCCACCGCCAGCCCCAAGACCAACGGGCUCACUAGAGACCGGAGCACCCUGCAGCUGGGCGUAGGAGCCACUGGUGCCCCUCACUCCAGCAGCAGCACGUCUCUCCAGUCGGGGGUGUCAGUGGGGGGCGGCCUGGCUGGCUUCGGGGGCAGUAAGGACGGCAUGCACCAGCGCUCCUUCUCCGUGUCCAGCGCUGACCAGUGGAACGAGGCCUCCAUCAACGCCAGCGCCAGCUCCGGGACCGCCAAUGGGAUGGGCGAUGCCUCCACAGGCAGCGCCGGGGUGUGCAGCGCCACCAGCCCCAAGCUGGAGCCGCCUCCUUCGCCACACGCCAACCGCAAGAAACACAGGCGGAAAAAGAGCACAGGCAUCACAAAGCCAGACGGGCCGUCCACGGGCAACGAAGAGCAAGAGGAGUCGUUUGAGUUUGUCAUCGUGUCCCUGACCGGCCAGAUGUGGCACUUCGAGGCGUCCACGUUCGAGGAGCGAGAGCUUUGGGUCCAGGCCAUCGAGAGCCAGAUCUUCGCCAGCUUGCAGUCCUGUGAAAGCAUGAAGAACAAGUCUCGGCUGGGCAGCCAGAGCGACGCGGUGGCCAUGCAGUCCGUACGCAACGUGAGAGGGAACAGCUUCUGUGUGGAUUGUGAUGCGCCCAACCCAGACUGGGCCAGUCUGAACCUGGGGGCUCUGAUCUGCAUCGAGUGCUCAGGGAUCCACAGAAACCUGGGCACCCACCUGUCUCGCGUGCGCUCCCUGGACCUGGACGACUGGCCCGUGGAGCUCAGCAUGGUGAUGGCGGCCAUCGGGAACGCCAUGGCCAACAGUGUGUGGGAGGGGGCUCUGGAGGGCUACAGCAAGCCUGGCUCAGACUGCAGCAGGGAGGAGAAGGAGCGCUGGAUCCGGGCUAAGUAUGAGCAGAAGCUGUUCCUGGUGGGGCUGCCCCAGUCCGACGUGCCCCUGGGCCAGCAGCUGCUCCGGGCCGUGGUGGAGGACGACCUGAGGCUGGUGGUGCUGCUCCUUGCCCACGGCACCAAAGAGGAGGUGAACGAGACGUACGGAGACGGCGAUGGCCGCACCGCCCUGCACCUCUCCUGCUCCAUGGCCAACGUGGUCAUCACCCAGCUGCUCAUCUGGUACGGCGUGGAGGUCAAGAGCCGGGACGCUCGCGGCCAGACGCCGCUGUCCUACGCCCGGCGGGCAGGAAGCCAGGAGUGCUCGGACAUCCUGCUCCAGCACGGCUGCCCCAACGACGCCAGCGGCCAGGCCAACACCGCCACGCCCAACAUGAGCCGCCGGAACCCCAACGUCAACAACAAUGCCCAGUGCGAGCUCAACCGCAGCGUCAGCAUCAUGUAGAGCCCGGAGAAGGAGCGGACGAGUGUCACUCACUCUCGCACAUACACAUACACACACACACACACACACACUGUGUUCCAUAUACUGUGUCCCUCCUCCCCCUCCACCGUCUCAUACUGUGUAAACUAGACUGUGUCAGUCAGAAGCCAUGGACAGAAUGCUUUUAUUAGAUGGCGAAUGUUGGGCGUCUGUUUUUAUAUUGUUUUUUGCUUUUAUUUGUUUGUGGAAUUAUCAUCGCAGAGAUGUGACAGGCGCAAACGAUCAUGAUAAGCUUGAAGAAUUUUGUGAUUAAGCAUCAACCAAACAAUUGUCAAGCAGCAUCCCUACGAAAAGCAUUUUUUUAAUGCUUGAAUGUUUAUUUUAUGUGUUCCUCUUUUGAAGCAAAACCAUUCUUUGUUUUUAGUUUAAUGAGCACCUCCAUUCUUUCACACGUCCAUGCUGUAAUGUAGAAGGACUUUCAUUGUUUGGGAACUAUUGGCUGAAGGGUACCACACAUGCACGCACCAAGAAACUCAUGUAGAGUUUAAAAGAAAUGGGUUUGAUCCAGAAAUUAGGGCUCAAACUCUUGACAUGCCAUUUCUACCAAGAGGCACAGCAGGUCCAGAAGAACAUUCAAAAUGAUUGAAAUAUUUUGCUUCAGAGGAAAACAGUUGAAAUCAUUUGACAUAAAAGAGUUGAUUGCACAAUGCGUUGUGGGAGCAGAAAAAAAAAGUCAUUUGUUCUUCCACCCUUAUCGUGAUCCUCUUGCAAAUCAUCCAUGAUUAUAAGGGAAUAAAGAGGAAUACUGUUUUAUGACCAUCAAGCCGAAUGGUUUUGUAAAGAUGCCUCUUCAAUCAAAAAUCAUUGAAAGGGUUGAUUGAAAGAGGGAAAUUGUAUCAUUAUGACAUCUUUGUUGAAGUAAUUUUCUGACUGGUUAAAGUGUUUUGAUAAUUGUUUGACACAGAAACCCUAUCCCCGUUUUCCAACCGCACACGUUCUGGAAUAUCUAAUCUCCUCCUGUGGCCAAAGGUUUGAGAUCGCUAUACACAACAGCUUCUCCUGUUGUUGCUGUGAAACGUGUGGUACUAUGUGUGCGUGGAAGUGUGUGUGUGUUCAGAAACCUGUUUGUGGACACUGUUGGGAGAAAAGGUAAAUGCCUACAGUGGUUUGGCCUGAAGAUUACAGAGCAAAAAGCUGUGCAGACCUGUACAAAGUAGUUCUUCCUUCAGUUUGUGGAUUUUUGGAACUGUUGCCUCUCAUUUCUUAAAAUGUGACUUAAACUAACCCUCGAGCCCCUAACCAAGAAUCUGUGUGUUGAGAUUGAGCUCUGUCCUGAGAUUUCAAGGGCCAAGAAGGGGUGCUGGGAGAAGUAUAGAUGACUUUACACUCUGAUUCAUCAUGUGUUUGUGUGUAUAUAUCAGUACUUGUCAUUAUAAACCAAGGCGAGGUAGUGGGAUAACAGGAAUAUUGAAGUGGCACAAACAUUUUCUUUAUUUGCUUCUGCCAUUUUGAGAUAAAAGGUCAAGUUUACAAUGGCACUGUUUAUGUUUACAGAGCAAAGCCUCCUCGUAUGAAUUUGGUACAUUGAUCAUCUACAUGGUUUUGUUGAAUCUUUCAGUAUUGCAUUUUUUAGAAGCUCUACAAAAUCGAGUUGUGGUCAGUUAGUAACAGUGUGUAAUAAGACCAAGGGAAUUUAUUUCCUUAUUCUCUUCAAUUCAACCAAAUCAAAUUCAAACUGAAAAGUCAACAGAGCUUGUAGAUAGCCUUAAUUUACUAUGGUACAAUAUAGUUGUCCUUCUCUCCAGUCAGAAUGGGUACAGGUGGCUGUUGGACCGACAUAUUUCAAUUAGUUUGCUAAAGCAUUUCAAGGCAUGUCUGAUGAGAAGUUCAUAUCGUAGUAUGCAGUAGGACUACAACAACCUAUGUCCGAUUUCCCAUAUAAACUAAGAGAAAUGUAAGAAACUUGCUUGACUAGAACCCUUAUUCAAUGCAAGUGAUUCCCUCUCCAAAGACAGGAUAUACUGUAAGUGUAAAUAUUAGUUUAAGAAGCUCAAAUUCGCAAUAGCUGCAACCACGUACCACUGGGGACAUUUUUGUGGACCGACCGACAGAGCAAGCUGCAGAGCGGCUUGUCACAGCAAGCAAGAUGUAUUCCACCAGACAUGCACCCAGACAGCAAGAUGUAUUCUACCAGACAUGCACCCAGACAAAUACAUUGAAAUGGUUUUAGGUCUACAGUCACCAUAUUUGACUUGUAAACCCUUUUUUGGUAUGUUGCUUAAAAAGGUUUUGCCCUUGUUUUUAAUCAUAUUUUAGGUACUUCUGUGUAUCUACAUUAUGUGACCGUUUGAGGUACUUUGUGUAUAAUGAUGUACAUUUGACAUAUUUAUAAUGCAGUAUGUAAAUAUUGUUUUUUGUUUGUUUAAUUUUCCUAUUGAAUUUUGUUUUUCUUUUUUUUACGUUCAGAACGUGAAACAAAGCAAAGCUAAAGAGUUACCCAUUGUGUGCUUGGACGCUUGGCUGACUGUUGACCUAUUAAUAAACACUCCAAUAAAACAAUGCAGCCUUUUCUGGA